AUGGCCAUCACCGAACAACCAUACGACUAUAUCAUCGUCGGCGCAGGAGUCGGUGGUCUAGUCCUAGCCUCCCGUCUCAGCGAAGAUGCCAACACCACUGUUCUCCUUGUCGAGGCAGGGCCUAACCAUAUGGGAGACCCGCGCGUCGAAACCCCGGGCUUGCUAGGCGCCAUGAUGGAAAAUCCGGAUUUCGACUGGGACUACUUGACGGAACCACAGGUUUAUGCCAACAAUCGUCAACUCGGCCAGCCACGAGGCCGGAUGGUUGGUGGUUCUUCUGCAUUGAAUUUCUCUCUGGUUAUGUACCCAUCACGCGCGAAUUUCGAGGCGUGGGAAUCCUUGGGCAACGAUGGGUGGGGCCCUGAUGCCAUGGCUCCGUAUCUGCGUAAAUUCCAUACAUACACCCCCCCGAGCGAGACCACUAGUGCCUUGCUUUCUGUGGACAAGUACAUGAAUGCAGAGAACCAGGGCGAUCAAGGCCCUCUCCCCAUCUCUCAUUUGGACAUCUAUACCCCGUGGAAUCGGGCCUGGGAUGACACAUUUGCGCGCUUGGGUUGGAACAAUCACGCAGACCCCAUUGCAGGGCGCAAAGUGGGAUCUUUCACGCCGCCACUGUCCGUUGACGGGAAGACAGGACAAAGGGGAUAUGCUGGCGCUUACUACACCCAAGAUGUCGCAGAGCGCAAAAACCUGCAUCUGCUGACUGAGACAAUGGUUGAACGAGUGAUUUUGAAGAAAGCCGAUAGCCGUGUGACUGCGACGGGGAUUCAGAUUCGGACCAAAAACGGUCAACAACUAGAAGUGUCUGCCACGCGUGAAGUAAUCGUCAGCGCUGGAAGUCUGAAUUCACCCCAACUCCUUGAGCUGUCUGGUAUUGGCGCCGCAGAUCUGUUGCAAAAACACAAUAUCCCUGUGGUGCUCGACCUGCCUGCAGUCGGAGAGAAUCUCCAAGAUCAUUGCAUGUCAACCGUUAACUUCGAAGUGGCAGACCCACAGACCUCCGCAGACAUCGCGCGGGAUCCAAAGGUCGUCCAGUCUCUGGUCGAACUCUAUGAAAAGACACGUACUGGUCCUAUGACCGGCAUUCCCGUCAGUGUGGCCUAUUUACCAUUGGUUGACCACAAUGGACAAGUCCAGCGCGAACAAAUAGACGAUCUGUUGGCUCAGUAUCUGGACAGCCCCCAGGUUAAACAAAUCUCGCUCGGUCGGCAGCAGCAAUACAAGAUCCUGCGACAGAUGCUCCGGGAUGACCAGACGGGCUCUGCAGACUACAUGUUCCUCGUAGCCCAAUUCAAUGCAAAGGAAGGGGUGAACACCAUGAGCUAUGCGCUGUCGAAGGACUUGCCCGAGAACUACAUCAACAUUUUGGUUCUACAUAACCAUCCCUUCUCUCGUGGAUCUAUACAUAUCCAAUCGGCCAACGCCGGCGACAAGCCUAUCUACGACCCCAAGUAUCUAUCUCACCCGUUAGAUUUAGAGAUCCUCGCCCGACACACUCAGUUCCUGGACAAGAUUGCUAGUACGGAGCCUUUUAGCUCGUUACUCAAACCCGGCGCUCGGGUACCUAAGGCGGCGGUGGAUCUGGCAGAUCUGGACACGGCUAAGGAGGUGGUGAAAGAUCGUCUGUUCCACUGCUGCCAUCCAGUGGGUACAUGCGCGAUGAUGCCUGCAGAGCUAGGCGGAGUAGUGGACACCCAGCUGAAGGUUCAUGGCACACACAAUUUACGAGUGGUCGACGCCAGCAUCUUUCCCCUCGAACUGUCGGGCACCAUUCAAGCGACGACAUAUGCGGUAGCUGAGCGUGCGGCGGACAUCAUCCGUGCAACUGCGCAUUGUUAG